CUGAGCCUAUGAGUGCUAUAAUAUUUGACUAAAUAAAAAAUAAAAAAUAAAAAGCAUCAUUUACUCUUUCUCGGGCUAUAUAAGCCUACAUGAUCCAUUGGUUCCAGACUCCUUAAGUCCAACAUCCAAAUAGACAACAGUUCAACGUCUCUCUCUCUCUCUCUCUCUCUAGAUCUCACUUAGCAGCCUGGAUGGCUCGUUCAAUUUUGGUACUCUAUUCUCUCUCUCGUCGGCGUAUCUCAGAUUCUUUUAGAGGUUUGUUCUUCAUACCUACAACCUUAGCUCUCCUCACAUCUCUCUUCAUUAUCUUCUACAUCUCUUCAACCUCAAAUCUCUUCAUUCAUCCCCACCAAACCCAUCUUCAAAUCAAACAAUCAUCACUUCAUUUUUCAUCAAUCUCUCCACCCACCAACCCAAUCAUCCAAAUUUCUGUUCACAAGCCCACCAAACUUCCAAUUUUUAAUUCACUCAAGCCAGAAGAAGUUGAGACAACACCUCUUUUAGCGGAGGAUGGUGAUGAGAAUCAUUUGUCAAAGGAACUUCAAACUGACUCAGAUGGAAACUUUGUGACUAAUGAGGUGUUCCAUGACAGAGAUAUUUUUCUGGAAAAUUAUAAAGAAAUGAAUAAAAGCUUCAAGAUAUAUAUUUAUCCUCACAGGCAUGAUGAUCCCUUUGCACACGCGCUCUUGCCAGUGGAGUUCGAGCCUGGGGGCAACUAUGCCAGUGAAAGCUACUUCAAAAAAGUUCUUGUGAAAAGCCAUUUCAUCACAAAAGAUCCUUCCACAGCAGAUCUCUUCUUUAUGCCAUUUUCGAUUGCAAGGUUGCGGCAUGACCCAAGAAUAGGAGUUGGAGGUAUCCAAGAAUUUGUCAGAGAUUAUAUCUUGAACAUUAGUCACAGCUACCCUUAUUGGAACCGGACAGGUGGGGUGGACCAUUUUUAUGUUGCUUGUCAUUCCAUUGGAAGGUCGGCGAUGGAGAAAGUUGAAGAAGUUAAAUUCAAUGCCAUUCAAGUUGUAUGCUCUUCGAGCUAUUUCCUGUCUGGGUAUAUUGCUCACAAGGAUGCAUCCUUGCCACAAAUAUGGCCAAGACAAGGGGAGCCCCCAGAUGUUGCUUCAUCAAAAAGGGAAAAGCUUGCUUUCUUUGCUGGGUCAAUCAACUCGCCAGUUCGCGAAAGGCUUCUUCAAGUGUGGACAAAUGACUCGGAGAUAUCUGUCCACUUUGGUCGGCUCACAACACCAUAUGAUAAAGAGCUUCUCGGGAGCAAGUUUUGCCUCCAUGUCAAAGGCUUUGAAGUAAGCACUGCUCGUAUUGGGGAUGCACUAUACUAUGGUUGUGUCCCUGUCAUCAUCUCCAACCACUACGAUCUCCCAUUUGCAGACAUAUUAAACUGGAGGAGCUUUUCAGUUGUUGUUGCGACAUUGGACAUACCGUUGCUCAAGAAAAUCCUCAAAGGGAUAAGCUUCAAUGAAUACCUACAGCUACAGAGCAAUGUGUUGAAGGUUCGAAAACAUUUCCAGUGGCAUGAUUCCCCAGUUGACUACGACGCAUUUUAUAUGGUUAUGUAUGAGUUAUGGCUCCGACGUGGUUCCAUGAGAGUUGCAUUUAGUCCUUUUGUGGCUGAUACUAUGUUGAAUAGUUCAUUCACCUAGUGGCAUCACUUGAUUAGUAUGAUUAUAUAUCCAUCUCAUUUUGUAAGUAUCUUGCAGUCACAAAUUGGAUCAUCAAUUUGUGCAUUGAAGUUUUUUUAUCCUAAUUUCCCAACACGUACAUUGAAGUUCAUCUUAUAGAAAAUAAUUUCAUAUUUGUUUAAAAUAA